GAAGUUCGGAAAGAACAUUGCGAACGUGCGGCGAUCGCGCAGCACGAGCGCUCCGCUAAACAAGCUUCGUCCGGACUAGUUUCAGCGUAGCCGCGUCUCCCCUUGGCAUUUUCGGUUGCGGAGCGAGUUGACCAGCGACUAGAAGGCAUUUUGAACGCUGUGAAGAAUGAUGUCGUGUCAUCCCUCUCUUCACAAUGCUCGACGCAAACUCAACAGCCUUUGGUCAGAAGUUCCUAGCCGAAGCCAGCCGACAGGCUUGCUCUACUGCGUCUCGGCCAUUUCAGUGCGAAUCAGCUCGAACGAGUCGGCCUUCCUCUCUGCAUUGCUUCCUAAGAAUCCGACAACAGCAUGCAAUUCCACCAUGCACGAAGGAACUUGUAGCGGCCAUCACGCACCCGCAGGUGUCACACGCUCUGCACAAUACAAGCCAUGCGCCGGCGAGUGGUUGCCGAUAUGAAGUUCCGCCAAGAAAAUUGCCGCCUGGCACGACUCGCUCUCAUGUCACGGUGCAAACUACGUCCUGUGCUAAGACCGAAUCCAACUGCGCAUCACAAAACGGAGGUGAACCACCCGAACUGGAACUGCCGCAGCAGGAUGACGAUAACGACACAAGUUCGGAGAAUUGGUCGAGUGACGAGGAUGAGCCAGCUUUGAUAGCGAGGACGAUGCCAUUUAUGCUCUCGUGAGAGUGGCAUCGCAUCCGCUAGAUUCAGCCUACGAAGCGAAGAUGGCAUUUCGCGAUGCUCAAUAUUAUACUGCGCUGUCAUCAGAGGAUGAAAGUACGCCAAAACGCGAGGGGAACGAGAUGGCAACAGCAUGUAUUGUGGAAAUUGUGAAUCUUGAAGAUCGAGUGAAGCAUCGGCGUUUGAAAAUUCUG